AUGGGUGGCAAAGGUGGAAGUGACGGAGGUGGCAAAGGUAAUGACGGAGGCGGCGGCUGUAAAGGAUAUGGCAGCGGUGGCGUAGGAGGAGGCACGUGCAAAGGAGGCGGUUGGGGUUCCGGAAUGAUGGUGGCUCCUGGUAGUAAAGGUGCAAGUGUUAUAUCCAGGGGAUCUUUUGAGAGCAACCCACAGGGUUACUUCGCCGGCCUCCAUUCAAGCGGAAAGGCCAAUAAAUAA